UGUAAAGAAAUUUAAUACGCCCUUUCCGCCAAGCAACAACAGUGAAGCAAUAAAAAGAAAGAAUAAUAAAAAAAUAAACACAAAAAAAAAAUUAUAAAUUAAAUAUCAUUUAUAAAUUCAUGUGUGAAAAUCGUUCUUUAUAUCAAACGUCGCGUUAUAAGCUUUGUUUUUCUUUCUCUUUCUUUUCUUUUUUUGUUUUCACAUAAAAGAAUGCUCGCUCGGGUUACAGCCGUAAAACUUAAGUUCCGAAAUUCCAAUUGGUCUCAACUUUAGUGUAGAAAAAAAAUUCUAACUGAAAACGUGCCAGAAAACCGGUUUUAAAACAUACAUAAAUUCGUACUACUCAACAUAAUAGGUAUAUCGUCGUAAUUACUAACCGAGAAGGUACAUCUGCUUUAUGUAUAUAUUUAAGCAUACCCGAGCAGAUAUAUAUAUAUUAUCCGUUUUAUAAAGGUUUUAUAAAUCGUUUUAGUGGUUAUUUGAAUAGAUUUUUAUUAAAUAUUUAAUAAGAAUACAAAAACGGAUAAUGACGCAGGUUCUACACUAAUAUUACACUAAAAUUUUACUAAAUAAAAAUUUAUUAAAUGUGCUUAAACUAUGUGUGUGAAAGUGAUAGAAUGUUUAGUAAAACAGGUUAAAUAGAAAUUUGUAUGUUUCUAUAAAAAAAAGGAAAAUUAAGAGUUAAAGUUAAAAAAAAAUAAGCAUAUGCAAAAAAUUUAUUACCAAGGAAAUCCUAACCAGAACGUUUACACGCCCCUUAAUUUUGUUGGAAAAAAAACAGAAUAUGUGUUGAAAAUGUAUUUGAUCGUCGGACUGAAGACUUGCCACAUUUUUCAUUUUCAUGCAAAAACAACAAACAUAAAACGUUUAAGUGGGAAAAAAAAUUUACAUUUACAAUGCAAACUUUUCUAACGGUACUACGCCAUUUUGUGUUCGUGCAACAUAUUUACAAGUGCUUCGUCAUGCGUUGAUGACUGCAACGAAAAUGCAAAGAAAAGUGUCUCUGUCUCUAUAAGAUCUGCGAAGUAGUGAAGUGUAACUGAGUGUAUCUCUUAGUGCUGAGUCUUUGCGAAGUAGGAAAGCACAAAAAAAAAGUUGAAAUCAGUACAAGAGCCUCUUAACAUCCUUAAAGUCUAAUAAAAAAAAAAUCCCGAAAAAAAAAAUUAAUAAAAUAAUAACGUUAAAAUGUCUGAUGAUAUAAAUAAAACAGCAGCAGCAACAACAACAACAACAGUAACAACGGAUAUAACAACAACGAAUAGUGAAGUAAUUGCGGCAACAUCUGAGGUGCCACUUAGCAAUGUAAAUGCAACAACUUGUACUGUUACAGCAUUUGCUGAACUGUCUUUAUUCGAUCAAUUAAAAAAUAGUGUUAAUCACAAUUUAAUAAAUAGUAAAACUGGUAACAACAGUAUUCAACCGAAUAGCAACAACAACAACGGUACCGGUGGCAGCAACAACAGUACCGGUGGUAGCAACAUUAAAACGGAAAUAAGUUGUUCUAUUUCUCAAGCUUUGCACAUACCAACCAACGACACUGCUGACAACAGUUCGAGUACCAAUCGGCACUUAACCAAAGAGGAUAAAAAUUGCAACAACAAUGAAACAGAUACAAAGUUGCAACAGCAACAACAACAGUCUGAAACAGACUUGGCAAUAUUGACAGCUGCAAAGGAAGUGACUGACAAUAACAAAUCAAGAACAAAUGAAAAAUCGACAAAAGUCUGUAGUGAAAAAUGCUCCUUUAUGAAGGAGCCUAAAGUGAAAAAUACUGAUAAAGUCUUAACAAAAAUUGAAAAUUCGAAAAAAGGAAAUAUAAAGGAUGUUGUGUCUGCAACCAGCAUAAGUGCGCACAAUGCAAGCAAUACAAGCAACAACAACAACAUCAAUAACAGCGAUAAUAACGGCAGUAAAGUAAGCAAUAAUACUUUAAAUUUAAUACGUAAAGGCGAACAAGUGACAAACUUGACAACUUUAUUGUCGAAAACAGAUACUCUAGUGAAAACAGCAGCAGCAACAGCAAUAACAGCAACUGCAACAGAAAUAGCAAUAGCAACAAUACUGCCUGAAGUCGUAGCAAAUCCUAAUAUCUCAGUUAUGCAGACAGACAAGCAACAAACUUUUUUAUCAAACGCAAAUAAUCAAGAAAUGUCAACCACAGCAAUCCAAUUAAUGUCACAAAGCAAUGCAACAAUACCAACAACUAACACUAUACAAAAUAUUGUAAAUACAACAGCAACAGCAACAGCAACUGAUAUAGUGUGCAGCAACAGCAACAAGUUGAAGCCAAUACCGAUACCAACACUGACAGCGUCAACAACAACAACCAACGUCAAUUUCUUAGAUACGCAUAACACUGCUAAUCAUUGUGCUAAUCAAGUUGUUGGCAAUAGUAAUGAGAGUGUGGAAAUUGCUAGCAAUAAUAUAGCAUCAAUUGCUGCUGUCAGCAACACAAAUCAACACAUUAAAACGACAGUAAACACAGUCAAUACUGCAGCACCAGUAGCAGCAGCAGCAACGACAAUCAACGCAUUGCAAAAUAAAACUUCAAAUUUGAAUCAACAAUUCUCAACACCAGCAUUGCCACCACCAACAACAACAAUAACUGCAAUUGGCAACAUCAGCAGCAAUGGUACAAGCAUUGGCAUAGUGCAUGGUAUGAAACGUGCCACAUCGGCAACAACAACUGCAACGGCUCUUAUAGCAUCAAAACCAACAUCUGCAAUAAAUAUCGCAGGGAAAUUUCAAGCACCCACUGUCAAUUCUGUUGCAUUCUUACAACAACAACAACAACAACAAAAUACGCAUAUUUUUGGUAUACCACAAGCUAAUGUUGUUGCAAACAGUCACAGCGACAUCAAUGAUAAAACUAGCACUAUGACAAGCAACAAUACUACUAAUAAUAUUGUCAAUAUACACAGAAUGGAAAAUAACAAAGUAUUAAGAUCUCAACGUCAUUAUCAUCAUCAUCAGCAACAUUUGUUGCAGCAAUUACAUCAUCAUAAUCAUCAUACAGCAAUUGCUAAUAGUAAUAAAAGGACUGCAGCAACAGCUGGCUCACAUCAUGCAAACGAGAGUGAUAUUAUCAGCAAGAAGAAACGUUGCACCGAUCGUUAUGAUUCUUCAGAAUCUUCAGACAGCUAA